CAUGGCCAGCGGAGGGCUGCAGCUCCUGGGCUUCGUCAUGGCCUUCCUCGGCUGGGUCGGCAUCAUCAUCAGCACCGCCAUGCCCCAGUGGAAGAUGGCAUCCUACGCGGGGGACAACAUCGUCACGGCCCAGGCGCUCUACGAGGGGCUGUGGAUGUCGUGCGCCAUGCAGAGCACGGGGCAGAUCCAGUGCAAGGUGUACGACUCGCUGCUCAAACUGGAGGGGAGUCUGCAGGCCACAAGGGCUUUGAUGGUGGCUUCAAUUCUCCUGGGGCUCGUUGGGUUGUUUGUUGCUGUGACAGGCAUGAAAUGUAUGAAGUGCAUGGAGGAUGACCAGGUGAAGAAGAUGAGGAUGGCUGUCUUCGGUGGGGUGAUCUUCAUCAUUUCAGGUCUGGCAGCGCUGGUGGCCACAUCGUGGUAUGGCAACAGAGUGGCUCGGGCCUUUUAUGACCCUUUCACCCCCGUCAACACCAGAUUUGAGUUUGGGUCAGCUCUCUUCAUUGGCUGGGCAGCUUCAUCUCUGGCCAUACUGGGGGGAUCCUUCCUCUGCUGCUCCUGUCCACGGAGAGAAACUUCAUAUCCACCCACCCGAGGCUACCCAAAAAAUGCCUCCUCCACAGGGAAGGAUUAUGUAUAAUGAAACAAAGAAGAGGAGCCACCAGCACUGGUAGUGAAAGCAUUUUGGAGAGGACACUACAAUGCCACUGUCCUGAGCAGAGUCCAGGCUCUAGGUUCUGCCUUCCUCUUCUCCCAAAAAUGUGUAUAUUUUUGUAAUCCUCUUUGCUACUGGACGUAACUUCUCCUUUCUCUCCCAGCCCGUGGAGGAAGGCUAGCCUAGAUUCAUAGGUAUUGCCACUGGAAAGAUGAAACCUCCAAGCUUGGGUUAAGUUUAGUAUUUGGGAGUAAAAGGGAAAAUGAUACUGUUUUUAUAGACGGAUGUUGGUGCUUUUUUUAGUUGGUUGUUUUUAUUUUUUUUUAAUAGAUGGUAACAAUUCAGUCCCAUAUCCCAUUAAGUUAGAGCCCAGUGUGGUGUGUGUAGAUAUUAAAGGAACAUAUAUUAUAUACAGAAUGAUGAAACCAAUAGCUAAGGGGAAACAUAAUUUUGGGGAAAAGACUUUACACGUAAGAAUGUUUGAAGAGAUGUAAAAUGCUCUUGUACUGUCUUAUUGGCAUCAUCUUCAGCACCCUCCUUUCCAUGCAGACAAAGGGUCAGAAACAAAUUGCUGUGGCUUCAGUGGAAAUCCACACUGUGUGCACAUGCUGUUGGCUAAUGGAAGAUGCAGUGUAAGGUAGAGACCACAGAAGUUACCAGACUCCCAAAGCAUCUGCAGGUUUCCCUGGUGCCAGGGAAGAGCUCAAGGAAAAGGAUUGCCUUCUGUUUUCACUGUGUGUCUCUGGUGAGGCUGUGGCUGUUCCUUAGACAUUGAAGCUUCAUCCUUGUGUGUGUUGCAGGUCACCUUUUACACUCUCCUCUUUCCUCGAGGCUUUCUCAUUUGGGCUUAGUUUCCCAAUCUCUGUUUGCCUGAUGCAGCUAGCUGUAUUAAACCAAACUGAAUGCACUGCCACUCCCUGAUGUUUCCCCAAGGAUACCUCACACACUGCCAUUCCAUCCUGUCUAUUUCUUGUAAACACUUUCAGUGAUGAUAUGAAGGCAAAUUCCAAGAAAACUGACCCAAAGGUUAUGGCAUUUGCUUGUAAUCCAAGCUCACCAAAGAGGAAGAAGCAAACAUUUUAAAGAUAUAGCCAUCCUUACAUAUUGAAUCAUAUCUAAAAAAAUAAUAAUGCUGUUCAUUAAAGGUUCCCACCCCUUCCCCUGAAACACCCACUCAGUCACUUGGUGUUGGCUGACACUGGGAGUUAAGUCCUGUGAUUCCUAGACGGAUGGUGCCACUUUUCCAAAGCUCCAGAAGGAAACUGGUGCUUCUGACCAGGCUUUAUAAUUGUGUAUAUGUUCAGAGGCAUCAGAUAUCUUGAUUUCCUUCUGUAGACAGGAAGAGCCUCUGGCUGAGCUGUGUACCACGUUGGUGGUCUGUACAAGCCUUGUACCUCUGUACCUGACUCCUGCAGCAUAAAGUUACUAAAAGAAACCAGCCAAGAGCAUUUGCUUCAGGCUUGAGUUGCUGUUGGCCUGUACUUGGAGCUGGGCCAUGUGGCUUCCCCUUCUCCAUGGGGAAUUGCCUGUGCACAGCAGCUGCCUCGGGAGACCUCUUGUCUUGGGAGGUGGCAGCUCAGGUCACAUUAAAGAGCUGCUGAAGUCUGUGCUUUUGUAUUUGCAUUAACCCUGAGCCAGGGAGCAGAUGCUUGUACUGGGAACUUGUACAAAGUGUUUAAACAAUUUCAAUAAAUGGACUUUUUUAAGGAAA